AUGGCGAUUGAAGAGUACAUUAGGCGCAUUGACGCCAGACGGCUUGUCAAGGGUGUGGGCUUGCUGUUCAUCCUUGCCCUUUAUUCCCCAGUAAUGCAGCUGGUGCUCUCCCCCGUCUAUGGGUCCUUGCCAUCUCAUCUGUUCCAUAACUUCGGCAUCACGCUCUCUGGCGCCGCUGGAUGGUUUUUGAAAGAUCAGAUCCAGAGACGUUUUGGUCGUCUUGCGGCUUUCAUGCUCCCAGUCCUGGCAUUCUGGACCCCGACUGUUCAAUACUUCGUGCUGCAGCAGAGCUCCAAGCUCGGGAAUCCGACCGGGCCCAUCGUCACUCAGAUCUUCGGGUAUUACCCAUUGAUUAUGUUGACUGUGGCUGUUGCUGGAAAGCAGAUCCAAUAUGCCUUGAACCUGCAGUCACAUGGUGAUCUUGUCGUUGAGCAUGUGCCACUCAUCGGCUCUUAUGUUCUCUACUCCUUCGGUGAGCACGUUGCCCGAGCUGUCCUGGCUCGUGCCAUCGGCUUCACAGUUCUCUUCACCAGAGCUGGCUUGCAGUUUUUGAUUGCGGCUGUCUACGCCGUUAUCAUCCCGUCCAAGCUGUUGCUUCUGGCAAUCCCUUCGCUGAUCUUCAGCGUGACCUACGAUGUACACAUUGGAGGCAUUGGCGGCGUGAACUCGGUCCUCCAGAAGGAGGGAUACUCUCUGCUUGCUCGCCAGGAAUCCAACACCGGCUAUAUCUCGGUUCUCGAAAACCACCACGACGGCUUCCGAGUGAUGCGAUGUGACCACAGUCUGCUCGGUGGUCAGUGGACUAAAGUGACCCCGGGUUAUCAUCCCCAAGUCGAAGAUCCAAUCUACGCCGUAUUUGUUAUGCUUGAGGCCGUUCGUCUGGUCAAAAUGGAACAUGGCGAGUCUCGUCUCGAUGCUGGCAGUAAAGCGCUUGUGAUUGGACUUGGAAUUGGCACGACACCGGCUGCUUUCAACAAACACGGCAUUGACACUACCGUCGUUGAAAUUGAUCCUGUUGUGCACAAAUUCGCCACUGAAUACUUCAACUACCCAUCAAACGGCGUCACUGUCAUCGAUGAUGCCACUCGAUUUGUCCAGAAAGCCCAGAAAUCCCCGAACACUCAGUAUGACUACAUUGUCCAUGAUGUUUUCACCGGUGGCGCCGAACCAGCGGAGCUAUUCACCUACGAAUUCCUGCAGAACUUGAAUUCCCUGCUCCGCGACGACGGAGUGAUUGCCAUUAAUUAUGCUGGAGACCUGAAUCUCUACCCUACGGGAUUGAUUGCCCGCACAAUCCAGACCGUUUUCCCAUCAUGCCGCAUCUUCCGUGAACAACUGCCUACCGAUGAGAACGAUACGUCAGACUUUACCAACAUGGUUUUCUUCUGCAAGAAGAGUUCUGCCACGCCCUUGGAGUUCCGUGACCCUGUCUCUGCAGACUUCCUUGGUAGCAGGGCGCGUGAAACCUACCUCAUUCCCACUCACGAGAUCGAUCCAGCCCUCUUCAAGACCAUCCCCGAGCAUGGCAAGCGCAUUCUGGUCGACAAGCAAAUCGGUCUGCUGCAUGGAUUCCUGGACAGGGGCGCUCUGAAGCAUUGGGGAAUUAUGAGACAGGUCAUGCCUGCCGUGGUCUGGGAGACCUGGUAA